AUGUGGUAUCAGAGCGCAUGGUUAGAAAACGAAGAAUUAGGAUCAGAAUUAUAUGAUCCUGGGAAGAUACGGAUGAAGAAGAUGAAAAACAAACACGGGAAGAGGCGAGAAACAAAUAGCGAUUCAGAUCAUAUAAGUCCGCGAUUAUGCGCGAUUGCAAUCAUGAAACAAGAGAUUGCAAUAAUGGAAUUGCAAUACGAAAUUGCAUUACUGGAAUACGAAUCAGGACGUCACGAAGAUAACGGAUAUGCAGGCGAAGUAAUGACACGGAAAGAAGAAGACGAUUCCGAAAGAGAUAAGAUGGCCUGUGAAGAUGUUCUGGAUAAAAAGAAUGAAGAAAAUGUGUUUGUGAAAGACAAGGAAACAAAGGAUGAUCACGAAGAAGAAGAAGAAGAAGAAGAGAAUCGAUCGAGAGUACAUGAUUUCGGACACACCCGGAUGAAGAAGGAAAACAGGGGAUAUGGAGACGGACAAGAAUCCAAUCCCGAUCGCACGACUCCACGAUCACGCGAGUGUGCAGAAUGGAAGCAAGAGAUUCUAAUAAAAUUAGAACACGAAAUCGAAUUAUUAGAACGAGAAUCUGAAGGGAGACAAGGAGAAACAGGGGAGUUUGAGAAUCCGAUGUCAUCGGAAUUGAUUCUUCAAGAAACAGGGGAAUCCAAGAAGAAAGACGAAGAAGAUGAAAAAGAUAAUGCAAAGAAAACAGAGGACGAUGAUAAAGAAGAAGAAGAGAGCAGAGGAUACAACCGGAACCGAUCACCGGAAUCGGUGACGGAAAUAGUUGACAGAAAUCAUGACAUAUUAUUCUUCAAGAAUGAUAUGAGAAGACAGAAACACAUGAUUAACAAUGAAUCAUCGGAUGUUAAAAUGAAGGAAAAAAGGACGCAGGAAUGGCGGGAACAAAAAGGAAAGAAUGGAUUUCCAGUUAUAGCGACGACAGUUAGUGACAAAAGAAGAAAGAUAGCGACAGAAGACAGAUUAGCGACAGAACGAUUAUUAGCAACAAAAACAGAUUAG